GAAGUCGGUUGAAAAUCAGCCCGCAGAUCUAGCGCCUGAGUUUUCACUUCCACUAUUGCUUCCAUACACGCGGUGAACAUACGACGCCACAAUGUUUGUGGAGUUAUUAAUGUUUUUUGCCACAUUUUUAAUAUCAUAUUAUCUGUACCUUCAUUAUAAAAUACAUGAUUUCUUUAGAAAGAGAGAUGUCAAAUUCGUGCCCGGUAUUCCUUUGUUCGGGAAUAUGUUUCAAACUUUCAUUUCGAAGAAGCAUUUUUGGGAAGACGUCGACGCUGUCUACAGAGCUUUUCCGGACGAGAAAUAUGUCGGGUUCAUCGAAGGCACUGUACCCGCAAUCAUUAUCAGAGAGCCAACAUUGAUAAAAGCAAUCACUGUUAAGGACUUCGAUCACUUUGUUAAUCACAGGGAUUUCUUUAAUAGAGACAUAGUACCUUUGUUAGCAAGCAGCUUGAUACAGAUGCAUGACGACAGAUGGCGCGAUAUGCGAGUAACCCUCAGCCCAGCGUUCACCGGCUCCAAAAUAAAGCAAAUGUUGCCAUUCAUGACUGAAAUCAGCAAGAACUUAGUUGACUACAUUAAAGAACAUCCUUCUAAUGAAAGCAACGUGGACGACCUUGUCCGUCGAUAUACGGUCGAUGUGAUAGCAUCAGCGGGAUUCGGACUUGAAGUCAACUCCGUUAAGGACAGGGAUAAUGAAUUCUUUAGAAUGGCAGCAAAUUUAUUCAACUUCAACUACAAGCAGAAGAUUAUGCAUUUUGUUACUGCUCAGUGUCCCAUAAUUAGCAAGAUAUCGAAUGUCAAAUUAUUCUCACAAGAGACAAUGGACUUUUUCAAAAACACUGUUCAAGAUACAAUUAAUUAUAGAGAGAAGAAUAAUGUUGUGCGACCUGAUAUGAUCCACCUAUUAAUGGAAGCUACUAAAGGAACAUUGAAAGACAGUGGCAAUGAAAAAGAUAAUGUUGGUUUCGCUGCGACUGAGGAGGGUUUAAAAUCUCGGAACGUUACCAGAGAAUGGUCUGCAAACGAAAUAACUAGCCAAGUGUUCAUAUUUUUUGCGGCUGGUUUCGAGAGCUCAGCUGGAGUUAUAACCAUGUGCAUCCACGAGUUAGCUUUGAAUCCAAAGAUACAAGAGAAGUUGUAUCAGGAACUCAGAGACUACAAAGAGGAACACAAAACUUUGACGUAUGAAAAUUUGAGCAAGUUGAAAUAUUUGGAUGCUAUAGUGUCUGAAACAUUGAGGAAAUGGUCAGUUGCUAUCUUUAUGGAUCGCGUAUGCAGUAAACCAUAUGUGCUACCGCCACCAAGAGAAGGAGGAAAACCUUGCCAAAUAAGACCCGGUGACAUUGUUUACAACAUGGUAAACAGUAUACAUAUGGACGAAAAGUACUAUCCAAAUCCUGAAGUAUUUGACCCUGACAGGUUUUCGGAUAAGAAUAUAGCUGAUAUAAAACCAACUACCUACAUGCCUUUUGGUAUUGGUCCAAGAAAUUGCAUUGGUUCCAGAUUUGCGUUGAUAGAGCUCAAAGUACUGGUGACAGAUCUGGUACUGAACUUCAAGAUCCUCAAAAGCAAGAACACUUCAGAUCCUAUUCGUCUUCUUCAAGGCGAUUUUAAUAUCAAAGCUGUAGGGGGUACAUAUGUAAAAUUUGAAGCUAGAACAUAAAAUAGUAUCCUUUUACUUAAAUUCAAGAAUUCAAAUAGUAGAAGUAAACGGUGUCAAUUCUAGUGGAUCUUAUAUUGAAAUGGGUGUGCCUCAGGGAUCUAUUUUGGGUCCUUUUCUUUUUCUUAUAUACAUGAAUGACUUACCGUAUCAUGUUCAAGAUUUGUCUGAUAUUGUAUUAUUUGCUGAUGACACUUCACUAAUGUUUAAAGUGAAUAGAAAUACACAUAACCUUGACCAUGUAAAUGUUGCUUUGUCUAAGGUUUUGAUAUGGUUUACGUCAAAUAAUCUAGUACUUAAUUAAAAAAAAAACUAAAUGUAUCAGAUUUUCCAUAUCCAAUACUAAGCAAGUGAAUACCGCUAUUAGAUUAGACCACCAGGAUUUAGACUUUGUAGAUAAAACCACUUUUCUUGGCAUAGUAGUUGAUUAUAAGUUGCAAUGGGGCUCCCUUAUAUUUGAAUUGGCCAACAGGCUGAGUUCAGCUGCUUAUGCUGUUAGAAAAAUCCGACAAUUAACUGAUACAAUAACAGCUAAGCUUGUAUAUUUUAGUUACUUUCACAGUAUCAUGUCAUAUGGCAUUAUAUUAUGGGGGAGGGCUGCUGACAUCGAUACAAUCUUUGUACUGCAAAAAAGAGCAGUUCGGUCAAUAUUUAAUUUGCCUUCUCGGGAAUCUCUUAGAGAAUAUUUUAAGCAAACAGGUAUACUUACUGUUCCCUCGCAAUAUAUAUACGAAAACAUUAUGUAUGUA